AUGCGCUUUCUCUCUCGUGUCCCGUUUUAUAAACGGGCAUUUCCACACACCUCUCGCUCACCAAUUCGCAACAUGAAUACCGCAGCUGCAAAUGAAGUGCUGUAUGCACUGACCGUGGGCAACGCUCCAACCAGACCUAGCCCAGAGGAUGUGUUAGAAAAGAGCCACCAUACAGAAAGCGGGUUUAGGAAUCCUUGGGAAUCUUUCCGCGAUCUGAGCAGCUCAGAGAUCAUGCAAAUGAUGAUUUCGCGCCGAUUGAGCGGCAAAGGCAACAACCCCGACACCACGCCCCCAACUGUCAAUGUCCGCAAACCGCAAUUCCUCCCCACUCGAGACACCCCGAAACUCCGCUCAACAUGGCUUGGACAUGCUUGCUAUUAUGUGGAAUUCCCCAGCGGCCUUCGCGUUCUUUUUGACCCAGUCUUCGAAGCUCGUUGCGGGCCAUGCUGCGGGCCUAUCACCUUGGGACCGAAGCGCUUCACCGAGCCUGCGUGCCAGGUCAAGGAUCUGCCCAUCAUUGAUGUGGUAGUCAUCUCACACAACCACUACGAUCACCUCUCCUACCCCACUGUCUCGGAAAUCGCAAAGAGACACCCCAACUGUCAUUUCUUUGCCCCCCUCGGCAACAAGUCGUGGUUCCAAAGCUCAGGCAUCCAAAAUGUAACAGAGUUGGAUUGGUGGGAUGAGCGAGACAUUGCAAUGUCACCUAAAGAGAACAAGGGCUCACAGGUAGAGCCGGUGGGUGAAGUUUCGGCCGAUGCUGGCAUCAAAGCGCGUAUCAGCUGUUUGCCUUGCCAACACAUCACCGCGCGUGGCCCCUUCGACAAGUUCAAGACAUUAUGGGCAUCCUGGUCCAUUGAGUCUGGUGGCCGCAAAGUCUACUUCACGGGUGAUUCUGGGUACAGGUCCGUGGACGAGGUCCCCGAUGGAGAAGAUGAUUAUGAUCCCAAAUACGAUUUCCCCAUCUGCCCUGCUUUCAAACAAGUUGGCGAGUUCCGUGGGCCAUUCGAUCUUGGUCUGAUUCCCAUCGGGGCAUAUGCUCCACGUCAUAUUUUCAGCGCAGCACAUGCUGAUCCUCACGAUGCUGUUCGGAUGUUCAAAGAUACCAAGUGCAAGAAUGCCCUGGGUAUGCAUUGGGGUACCUGGGUGCUGACGGAGGAAGAUGUCCUGGAGCCGCCCCGAAAGCUCAAAGAGGCGUUGAAGAAACACGAUAUCCCUGAGGAAGGUGUAUUUGACGUAUGUGAAAUUGGCGAGAGCCGAGAAUUUGAAUAA